AUGGGGUGUCCCAACCUUUCUUCUGCCCCUCUCGAGGCCUUAGGCAAGGAGAUCUUCUUUCCCCUUACCUUUUUCAUCUUGUGUGGUGAAGCUCUCAACUGUCUCCUUAAUAGGGCAAAAUGUAAUGGUUUCAUCACAGGCUUACCUAUUAGACAGAACCAUUUGCACAUUAAUCAUCUAUUUUUUGCAGAUGACUCUCUCAUUUUCUGCAAGGCCAACUCGAUUGAAUGGAGUCAUCUCUACUGUCUGCUGGACACAUACAAGAAAGCAUCAGGGCAAAGACUAAACAAGGAAAAAACCUCAAUCCUUUUCAGCAGGAAUACUCAAGAGGAAACCAAGGAGAUAGUAACAAGCAUUGCUGGAAUUAGAGGGACAAAUUCAUGUGAGAAAUACUUAGGUUUACCGGCCCUCAUCGGCAGAUCUAGAACCUACUCUCUCAAAGGGGUAUUAGCUAAAGUGCAGGCCAAAUUAAGCAGCUGGAAAACCAAACUGCUGUCACAAGCAGGGAAGGAGAUCCUUGUUAAGGCUAUGAUCCAAUCAAUCCCCACCUAUUGCAUGGGAAUUUUCAAGCUGCCAAAACAAUUACUUCAUGAGCUCAACAAAUUGAUCAGAUCCUUCUGGUGGGGGCAACAGUCCCAAGACCACAAGAUACAUUGGGUAGCAUGGAAACAGAUGAGCAAGUCUAAGAAGUUCGGAGGGUUGGGCCUUAGAGACUUUGAAGAUUUUUAA